UUGCUCUUGAUGUUACUCGCUGGCCGUGUAGUGUCUUCACAUGAAAGCUGAGGAGGCCGAGGCUGACCGUCUGUUACAUUCAUUACUUGACUAUGUGAAGGAGAUAUGAGUUCUUCAAUGAGAAAUGGUGGCAGUUCUCAUAGGAACUACAAAUACAGACGACUAUCUAGUGUUGAAAAAGGAUCUGGUAACUGUUACAUCUCCUGUGAUGAAGAUGAGGAUGAAUUAUUCACACCAGAGGCCACUGAGCUAAAAAAAAUUGGUGGCAGAAGUAAUAACACCGGAGCCAAAUCUUCCUCCUCCGGCACUCCUAUAAAGGUUGUGUCAGAUUAUGAGCAUCUUGUUGACCGACCAAUAAAGAGUGGAGAAACAUUAACAGGCAUUGCUCUAAAAUACAGAAUUCCUGUGUCAGAAUUGAAGCGUGUCAACAAGAUAAUUCAAGAAAAAGAAUUUUUUGCCCUGAAAUCUCUGAAAAUUCCAGUAAAGGCAAACUCAUUUCUUGCCGAGAUGUUAAAACAAGAAGAACAAGAUGCUUGUAGUGAAAAUAGUGCAGUUGCCAUUACCAGAGCUGCAGUCUUAGGUACAAGAAGUUUAAGCAGUUGUAGUGAGUACGAGAGUGACUCUGAAAUGCAUGUGGGUUAUAUUAGUAUUGAUCGUAUUUUAAGAGAUACCCGCACUAACAAGGAAGCAAAAAGAUUUUUAAAUUGUAUGCAGAAAGACUUAGCUAACAUCCGGGAAAAAACAAACUCUUAUAAAGAUUCUUUAGUUGAAGUUGCUGCAGUUCUAACAGACCCACGUUUCCGUCCACUGGAACAAACAGAGGAUAAGUGUACAGGAGCCGACUGGGGCAUCAGUUGGUGGAAAGUUUUACUGGCAGGGACAGUGCUACUUGUUGGAGCUCCUUUGUUGUACAUUUACCUGUAUCUUGAGAACAAAUAACUUAUGUUUAGGUGUAUUGGCAGACGGAAACUUCAUGUGAACUAGCUUAUGAUUCAUCGUGGGUGCUAACUAUGGUAGAGAUGGUGCCUCUCUUGGGAACACUAAUAAAUGGUUGCAUCCCCAGUGUCCCAGGAAAGUCCUAAUUUUAUUUGGUGGAUGCUCUUUUUCCAGUGAGAAAAUUUGUAUAAACAAAUAAUCAUAGAAUGGGAAAUAAAAAAUAUUUACUGUUGGA